AUGGCACGACGAACGACUUCAAGUAAUUCUGUUGAGAAUGAAAUUGAUAAGGAACAACAGCAGCAGCAGCAGGAUCAACAGCAACAACAAGAAGUUGAAGAGAUUGAUAAGAGUAUAAAAGAAUUAGAAGAUCAAAAGGUUCGUGUGGCAGAAGAAUUGAAACGUUUUGAAGUUGAAAAGAAAACGCUUGAAGAAGAUGAAAAACGUAAUUCAGCUCGUUUAAAAGAAUUACAGGAAUUAGUACAACGUGAAAAAGUGGAGCUCGCGAAAUUAGAUCAUGAAUUAGAUGAACUUCAGAAGCAACGUCAAGUUCUCGAUGAUGAACUCAACAAACAGCAGGAACUGCUUGAGACAAAUGAAAAUCGUCUUGAACAAGCAUUGGAAAAGCUGGAAGAAUUGAAAGAACAACUACAGAAAUUUACAGAUGAAAAAACUCAGUUAGAAGAACAGAAAGAAGUAUUUAUACUUGAAAAACAGGAAUUAGAUCAGAAGAUAAAUGAAAUCCAACGGCAAAUUCAGCAGCUUGAACAGGAAGUACAGCAGACACAACAACGUAUUAAACAGAUCGAGAAUGAAAUUCAACAUAUUGAAGACGAACUGGAAGAUAUUCAAGAAGAAAUUCAACAGAAUGAACGUGAUUUAAAGAAGAUUCAAGAAAAACUUGAAGCUCUAACCCAAAAGAUUUUACAACUUGAACGCGACUGUGGUCGUCUCGAUGAGGAAGUAAAGAGAAUCGAAAAACUGAUGCAACAAAUAACAGACGUGAUUGAAAUGAAACGAAAUAAUAAAGAAGAGUAUGAACGAUACAAGCAGGAAUUACAAGAGGAACUGCGUGACGUAAAACAACGGCAAGCUGCAGUUGCAGGUGAAAUACGGAAUUUAAAUCAAGAAGUUCAACAGUUAGAACGCAGUAUGCAACCGUUGCAGCAACAAUUACAACAGCUAUCUAACACGUUGAAUCAAUAUCAACAGCAGGCAAGAAAAUUAUAUGAAGCAAAAGAACAGUGGAAACAAAAAACAGACAUAAAAAAGCAGGAAAGUAUUCAGCUGAAGCAACAAGAAACUAAAACUAAUCAACAAUUGGAAACAAAACAACAGGACUAUGCUAAAUCACAACAGGCUAAAGAGACGCUAGAACAGCAAAUCACUCAGUCUGAAAAUGAUCUGAACUCGACUAAACGUGAGCUAACUCGUGUUGAAACUGAACGAAAUAAUUGUGGUGAAAAACUGAAACAAGAUAAACAGAAACUUCAAGAGGACGAAAAACAUUUAGGAGAUGCCGAGAGAAGUCAAAAAAAAGCUGAGUCAGAACUGAGAAAACAGGAACAGAAAACGAAAACAGCUGAACAGGAACUCGUAAAAUGCCAACAGAAAGAAAAGGCGGCUCAACUAGCACGACAAUCAGCGUUGGAAGCCGAACAACGAUCUCAGCAAAAUGUAGAAUUAGCUCAGAUAUUAUUUGAACAAGCACAGAAUGCACUGACUCUAGCUAUAGCAAUGGCAACAAAUCCUCUACUAAUAGCAGUUUUGGUUGCUGCAAAAAUGCUUGUUAAAACAUGCCAAGAUCAAUUGACACAGAAUAAAAAUGAAUUAGCACAACGUCAACAGGUACAUCAGAAACGUACUCGUGAUUACGCAGCAGCAGAACAAAAUACAGCGAAAGCACAGGAAACGUUGAAAACUGAAAAAGCGAAUUUAACUACGAGACAACACGAAGCUCAGACUGCGAAACAAGUUGCAGAAUCGGCAAAACAAAGAGUAAAGGAACAGAAAACUCUCGUAGCGAACACCGAUAAAGGAUAUACGGAUCUUCGAAGUCAACAUCAACAAGUUAAAGGAGAAGUGUCCACUAAAGAUCAGCAAGUACAGCAGAGGAAAACACAUCUAAAAACUCAUGUACAACAGAUGAACAUUAUUAAGAGAGAUGCCGACAGUUUGAAGAAGAAACACGCGGAACUAAGUCAAAAAGGGAAGCAAGCCGAUACCGAAGCUAAAAGUAAUGAACAACAGUGUCAAGCAAAACUACAAGAACUUAAUUCAAAAAAUGCCGAAAUUCAAAAAGUUCAGCAGGAACAGGAGCGUUUCAAAGGUGAAAUACAACAGAAACGAAGUCAAAUUGCCGGCGUACAAAAUCAAAUAACAUCCAAGCAAAAGGAAGAAGAGAAUGUCAAAGGAAAAGUCUUGAAUGCCGAAAAGUCCUUACUCAUGAUUAGUAAAUCUAUUACUGAACUGCAAGCGGAAUUGCGUGAACAGAAAAAUCUACAGGAUACAGCAGCAAAAGAAAAAAGCAAAUUUGAAAGUGAGUUACAGUCUACGAAAACCAAAACCGAGAAUUUAGAACGCGAAGAGGAACGUAAUGAAGUUGAACGACGAAAAUUGGAAAAGGACUUGAAUAAGAAACAUAAAUUCUUAGUAGAAAAACAAAAAGAAAACAACCAAUUGAAAUAUGAUGUAGAUCAACGAAAGGACGAUAUUAGUAGAAAAAAGUCCAAUUUACAAGCACAUGAACAAACAAAAGCUAUACUUGCUGGUUCUUUAGAAGAAAAUAAACGAAAAACUAAAACAGCCGAAAGUAAAAUUAAGGAUUUGAAUAAGAAUAUCGACAAACAAGAUGAAUUGAAACAGAAGGCCGAACACCUUUUUAAGGAUUCCGAGAGAGAAGUACGAAAUAAAGAAGCAGAAAUUAAUAAGUUGGACAAUCGUACGAGAGAUGUACAGAAACAGCUUGAUUCAGUGAAUGCUAAACAUUCAACUGCUCAGAACGAUCUAAACUCAGUACAGAAUUCAAAGAUUGUUAUUGAUCAUCGAAAAGCCGAUGUUGAACGUAAUCUAAAUGAUCAAAAAUCUGCUAUGACACGUAUUGCUCACGAUGUAGCUGUUAAACAAAAUGUAUUACGAGCUUACAAGACACAACAGCAGAACGCAGAGAAUAUAGAUGAAGAGAGUAAUGAAGAAUCAGAAGAGGAAGAAGAAGAGAGAAAAUCCAGACGAACUCGACAAAAUGAGAAGAAACAUCAUCGUCGACAGAAUCAGGUGAGUUCUCACUCAACAUCUGCGACUGUUCGCCGUAUUAUAGCAUAUACAAAUAAAGGAAAUCCUUCAACUAUUGCACUAACGGCUGCAAGAGCCAUAUCAGUGCUAAAGAGUAAAAUUACCGUGAGGAAACUUACAGCAUUAAUCUGGGUUCCUGUGCUAGAAGCAAAGUUCUGUUGGACAGAUUAG